CGUUCGUUCGCGCAUUCCUCAGCGCCUUAACCCGGCUGCCACGGAUACUUGGCUCUACCUUUUCUUACACCCACUUACCUGCCGAUACCUCCGCCAAUCUAUUGCCCUAGAAUUCGGCUGCCAUAGACUGUCGCUUCCUCCCAUUCACUCGCUUUUCUUCGGACCCUCUCACAUACACAUGUUGCAGACAUGAGGCUACUAUCCGCCGCCCAGGCUUGGACUGCCGUGUCACUCUUGGCGGCGAACCUGUGUUCGCUCCCCGCUUCAGCCAUUGUCCUCGACCCAAACAGCCAGGACUCGGUGCGCGCCGCUUCAAAAGAUGUCGCCCAAGUGCUAUGGUCCAUGUAUGCGACCACCGACAAUCAGGUCAUCUCCGGGAUAACCGGAUUAUUGACAUACCCGCCUUACUAUUGGUGGCAAGCCGGUGCUAUGUUUGGACAGUUGAUUGACUACUGGUACUACACUGGUGAUGACGGUUACAACGAUAUGAUUCGCGACGGUUUAAUACACCAGGCAGGAGAGAAGUGGGAUUUUAUGCCAGCAAACCAGUCCAAAGAUGAAGGCAACGACGACCAACUGUUCUGGGCCUUCACGCUCAUGAGCGCCGCCGAAUACAACUUUCCCAACCCUCCUGAUGGCACGCCCGGCUGGCUCGCUCUCAGUCAGUCAAUUUGGAACCAGCUUGCGACACGAUGGGAAGCUGCCACAUGCGGUGGCGGAGUGCGGUGGCAGAUUUACCAGUGGUUGCCCGGGUGGGGCUACAAGAAUUUGGCCUCGAACGGUGGAUACUUCCAGCUGUCAGCUCGGCUGGCCCUAUUCACCGGCAACUCGACAUACGCAGACAGGGCAGUGGAGAUCUUUGACUGGCUACAGAACACGAGCCCGCUUGUAACCCACGACUACGUUGUCUACGAUGGUGCAAAUGUUGAGGCGAAUCCAAGCAAAGGGGAUAUGGGGAACUGCACCAAGCCCGACACAAACCAGUGGACUUACAACUACGGCAUCAUGAUUGGAGGCGCUGCCUAUAUGUACAACUACACGAACGGUUCCGACAUCUGGAGAGAGCGCCUGACCGGAUUCAUCAACAAAACGGCGAUUUUCUUCCCUGAACAGAACAAUGGCAUUAUGACUGAGCCUUGCGAAGGACCGCAAAACUGCAAUGGCGACAUGGUGUCUUUCAAAGGCUACCUCGCCCGGUGGUACGCCGUAUCCGCCCAAAUCGCCCCGUUCACUGCACCCAUGGUCAUGCCCCACCUACAGAAGUCAGGCAUAGCGGCCGCCCAGUCUUGUGUUGGACCUUCCGCCACAGGUGUUGGUGGUUCCUACGAAUGCGGAAACCGGUGGUACCAGAAUGGCUACGAUGGCAAGUCAGGAGUGGGUCAACAAUUAGCUGCCCUGAGUAUCAUUGCUGCAAAUAUGGCACCAUGGUCGAAAGCUCCUUUGACAAGUCAUUCCGGCGGCACCAGCGAGGGUGAUCCCGGACUAGGUACCGGCGAAGACGAAGGUAUUCCGAAGCUAGAUUACGGCGUCGCUACAACAGGAGACAAGGCGGGCGCGGCGAUUCUCACGAUUUUCAUGACUGUUGCAACGGUCGGCGGCGCAUAUUGGCUGGUCAUUUAAGUCCAAUAGCACGACUUUGAUAUCCGGUGUUUUUGGAGUCAUCUUCACGGCGUUUGGAGGGUUUGUCGUAUCACGGCCUGGUGGGAUUGGGACCUGGCUUAGGCCUGGGUUCACUUGCAUUGGAAGGUGCAUGCUA